AUAGAGAGAAAUCAUCUUAGCUCUCUUACUAGCAUCACUGACUAAUCCAGAACAAGCAGAAUCGAGCACAGGGACUUAUACAAAUCCUUGGAGGGAAAUUAUGCAGAGCGCAAUGUUUCUUGCCAUCCAGCACAACUGCGGACCAGUAGAACGCUCCUCUUCUGGAGGCUGCCAGAAAAACGAGGAGAAGAGAGGGAAGAUGAAGAAAACAAUUUUAAAAGAUUGGAAGACCCGUCUGAGCUACUUCCUGCAGAAUUCUCAGAACACCAAUGGGUCCCCAACAGCCCAGAACAAAAGAGGCAAAAAGAACGCCUAUUGCAGGCCCAGUCCAGAGGAAGCCAAAAGUUGGUCAGAAACCUUUGAUGAUCUUCUUGCCAGCAAAUAUGGCGUAGCAGCAUUCAGAGCCUUUUUAAAAUCUGAGUUCAGUGAAGAGAAUAUUGAGUUCUGGCUGGCCUGUGAAGAUUUUAAGAAGACCAAAUCCCCACACAAGCUCACAACAAAGGCCAAGAAGAUUUAUGAUGAAUUCAUUGAAAAGGAAGCCCCCAAAGAGAUUAACAUAGACUUUCAAACUCGGGAAAACAUUAUCCAAACCAUACAGGAACCUUCACUCUCCUGCUUCUGUGCUGCCCAGAAACGGGUGUACAGUUUAAUGGAGAACAAUUCAUACCCACGCUUCCUUCAGUCGGAAUUCUACCAGGAAUUGUGCCAGACAGUGUCACAGAUGUCCAAAGAGCCCCAGGCAACAUGAAAACACAGUUGAAGAAGAGCAAAGAAUAUUCAUUGGACUUGCACCAAAGUCCUUAGAAGAAACCAAUCCUUUGAGGUCUUUGGCCUUAAAGACUCUGUGAGUCAGCAUCAUCGAAAAUGAGAUUUGGCUGUUGACUCCAAGGAAAGGUCAUACAGAAAAUAAAGUGACUGGUGAAUAUGGAGAGGCAGAAGGACUGUUUCAGGCAUGGACAAUGUUAUGGUGAUGGGCACUGAAAUCCAUCUACUACAGUGGGAGUUCAAGUACUGCCCAAGGAGAUUAAAGGGCCGUCCAAGUUGUUUCUGGACAUUAUAAAAGAAUAAUCAUCUGCUAAAAUAAGUCUUGAAUCAGACAUGGGAGGUUACCACAUGAUUUUGAGAAAUUUCAGAUUUGUAGAAGUGACUCUAAAGCAGUUUUGUUUUUAUUUUUAACAUUCACUGUGCAAAUAAUUCUGCUGUAGAUAAUAUGAUAUUGGCAGACCUGGCUAUUGCACAUGAAACCUGCAUUUUACCAGGUGGGAAGUUUUUAAUGGUUAAAGAGGUGCCAGUGAGCGAAUAAACCUGUGUAUUGAUGAGCAGCACCCAUAAGACUGCAGGUUUCCAGUACAUUACAGAAAUCCAAUUGUGUGACUAUGUGAUAACUGAUACCCUAUUCAUGCAUCACAAUCAAUUCACUAUCAGAGAUCCACCUGAAUUUUUUGCAGUCAUCAACUGUACAGUGCGUUCACUGUUAAAAACAAACAGCACAUGGUGUGUAUUUAUUAUGUAUAAAAAGCUGUGUAUGUAUUUGUUAAAAUCGUGUAUGAGUAUGUAUGGGAGGUUUGUAUAACAGAGCAGCCGGGCUCUAAAUAUUGUCAGACUCUGCCUUGAAGGCAGUUAAACUUCAGUGAAGUUGUUGUAAUAUAUUGAUCUUAAUUAUGAAUAAAUUAUUUUUCCUAGUA